CGACGGACCCUUUGUGCAUACUCCCGACGACUUUUCCUAUCUUGUGUUCGGAUUCCUUGGAGCGGCCAACUGCACCUGCAGCCUGUUUACUUGACGACACCACUUCUGCCUUGUGAUUUACUUCUCUCGUCCCGGACUUCCAUCAUAUCCAUUUAUUGUUAUCUUCCUCGAAGCUCUGUCGUCACCUAAAAGUGCCAUAGCUCCUCGCUUCACGGGUUGGUUCUCCGAUCAACCGUUUUGUUUGAUUACGACUCCGGUCCUUAUUUUGGCGUUCUCACAUCUCAUCCGCUGUCAGUUUUCCACUUUGGCACUCCGGCUCUCUGCCAUCGGGUCUAUUUUCGGAACCUCUGGCUAGCUGAUCCUCUAUCUGUCCUCGAGCCACCCUUAUGGAUUGUAUGCGCAACCAGCUCAAGGAGGGUGUUGUGCUUAAUGGACGAUAUGAAACAAUCUCUCCUCUCAACCAUGGGUCCUUCGGUAUGGUGUUCCAGGCCAAGGACCUCGUAACCGGCGAACACGUUGCAAUCAAAUGCCUCACCAAGACGUCAGCUGCCAACACCUGCCCUUCUCUCUUCGCAGUAGACGAACACUCAGAAGAGCUUGCCAUCCACCUUCGCAUGGGCUUGCACCCCAACGUCGUGAACCUCCUCCAAUCGUUUGAAACACAGAAUCACACCUAUCUUGUUCUGGAGUUCUGCUCGAACGGCGAUCUAUAUGAGGCUAUUCGUCUAGGUAAAGGCCCAAAGGAGACCGAGCACGUCCGCGACUUUAUGCUUGAAUUGGUAGAUGCUGUCGAGUAUAUGCACUCGAAUGGCAUCUAUCACCGAGACAUUAAGCCGGAGAACAUCUUUCUCUCCCAAUCCGGCUCCGUGAAGCUUGGUGACUUUGGGCUCGCAACUACAAGUCCCUGGUCCUACGAGGUGGCUGUGGGCAGCGAUCGAUAUAUGGCUCCCGAGCAAUAUGACCCAUCAAACGCUGGCUACUCCACUGCCAAAGCGGACAUCUGGUCUAUUGGCAUCUGUUUGUUGAAUGUUCUUUUCUCUCGCAAUCCGUUCGCUAUUCCGGCGGCCUCGGAUCCUCUUUACGCGGACUUUGCCCUUGACAGACAAACACUCUUCGAUGUGUUCCCGAAUAUGUCCCAAGAUACUUUCGAGGUCUUGGUUCAUUGUUUGGCCAUCGACCCCGAGAAGCGCGACCUGUCUUUUGUCAAAGAGGCUCUCUACCGCGUCCUUAGCUUCACCACAGACGACGAAAGUCUUGAUGAGUUUUGCACCGAAGAGCGGGAGCCCGUUGUUGCCAGUGCGAACCGCGAGCCCCUUCGUACUCCUUCGGUUUCCACGCCUCAGCUGGAUCAGGGUGGGUCGUUCCCAUGGGCCAAGGCUCUCGCCAUGUCCCCACCUCAACCUAUCCGUCAAUUGUCGGCAAUUCCAGACACCGAAGUGUAUUCAGAGGACCUCUUCCCUGGUUCUGAACGGUCAAGCCACGAGUGGUUCGACAUCAAACCAGACAAUGCUUCGACCGUCUCAUUCGUCGACUCUGGUUUGGGGCUUUCGUUCAAAUCUACUGGUGUCGCCCAACCCGCCCCGAUCACAAUUGCCCGGUCUAGGCCCGUACCAAUCUCUGGCUCUCUUCCUGCCAAUGCCGCCAGACCUUUCAACAGCCUGGCAUCAGUGUUUGGCAAGAAGCGCGAUGUUAUCUCCAAGAGCUGGAGCGAUCUUUGGGACGAAGAAGAAGAAGAAGCACAUACCAUUGCUGAGAUCGAGAAUAGCUAUACUCCUUUCGGUGGCCUCAAGAAGGAGAAGCAGUGGGACAAAGCCGAGUCCGGGUCAGGUGUUUCCACUCCGCGUGGCGGUCUUUCCGAGAUGAAGAACCCUGCCAUCGUCAACAACAGCAGGAGCCGUUCCCCCAAAACCAACCGUCGUGUGGAUGAGCGUGUUAGCGAAUAUACCGGUUUCAUCUUCGAGGAGCACACACCUACCGUGCCUCGCUACUCGCCUCCUUCAAAGCGUUCCACUGUAGACAAAUGGGCCGCUCUUGGUGACCGCCGGCGCGGUCAGCAGCAAACACCCCAAAAGGCUGUAAAACAACCACCAAAGCAAGUUCAACCUACGCCGACCUCCGCCAGGAAGCGAAGCCGGACUGGUAGCUGGAGACGUCAAAUUCAUUGGGGCCCCAGUCAUCUCGACAAUGGCGUCUUGGAACGAAAGGGCAACUGGAGUGUGAGUAAGGAUUGGCGCCAGCAUCCAAACCUCUUGGACGAUGAUAUUGGCGACCUGGAGUGGGUUGGAGGUUGGAAUGACCUCCACUUGUAGUCUUGACACUUUUCAUCCCUUUUUUUUUUCUUUUGGACAGAUCAAAACCCUUUAACACUUUUCAGCCUUCGACCUUUUUUCAGGUUUCUUCUACCAGUCUGUAGCUUUAGAGAUACCACAUUUCCCUUUUUCCCGUCUGCUACUCAAACCUGAAUUUCCUGUCGCUGGCUCGUUUUCCUUUGUUACUUGCGAAUUGGGAGCAUUGGGGAAUUCUCAGGUUGCAUGGGUGGUUCUGGGAAAGAAACCCUUUUUGUCUUCUGAGGCCAAUGGGAUGCAUUGCAAACUGUACUGAUGGACAGGACUUUGGAAGGGUUUCUUCAAUUUCGAUUCAACUGGAGGGAUGAUUAGUUAGUCAAGACUCGUAUCCAUGGUUUCAGGUAGGUUGACCUGAACCUGGAUUUACCCACUCAAAC